UGCCGGCCGCCACCCCGCACGGUUCCUCGGCUCUCGCCCCUCCUUCUUCGCGCUCCCGGGACCAUGGCUGAUCCUCGCGUGAGGCAGAUCAAGAUCAAGACCGGCGUGGUGAAGCGAUUGGUCAAAGAAAAAGUAAUGUAUGAAAAAGAAGCAAAGCAACAAGAAGAAAAGAUUGAAAAAAUGAAAGCUGAAGAUGGUGAAAAUUAUGUCAUUAAAAAGCAGGCAGAGAUCCUGCAGGAGUCCCGGAUGAUGAUCCCAGAUUGCCAGCGCAGGUUGGAGGCAGCCUACACUGACCUGCAGCAGACACUAGAAAGUGAAAAGGACUUGGAAGAAGCUGAGGAAUACAAAGAAGCACGUCUAGUCCUGGAUUCAGUGAAGUUAGAAGCCUGAACCUUCAAUAUAGUGUUUUCUGCAUUAAAUUUUGGGGCCCAUUUUACUAGUCAUUGUUUUUAACCACUGCUGUGUGUUCAAAGUAGUAUAAGAAUGUGUUUUUAUGAUGCUAUUGCAUAUAUUUUUACUUUGCAUAUUUUAAUGUGUUAAGAAUUCAUCAAAUAAAAUUGUUAUUUCAUACUUUACAAAAUUUUUAAUCUUUUUAUCAUUAAAUCAGAUAAAACAUUUUUGACAGAUAAUUAAAAUCUGAUAGUUUCUAGCUGAAAAUCAAAUACUUUGUUUUGUAUUCAUGGAUUGAGUUAAACACAGGACAGCAGUUUUUAAAUAAAAACCCAAACUGUAAGCAGUUUAUUUUUAAUAGAAUUCAACUCCUUGAUAAGAAAGGAAGAUCUCUAUGGAUAAGGCCUCACGUAUUUGUCCCUUCAUAAUGAAAGUGUAGCAUUUCCAUUUCCACAAACUAAUGGGAAACAAGUCAUUUUCUAGAAGAGAAAAAUAUAUACAGAAAGCAUCAACCAUGUAGGUCUUCAAAUAAGAUUAUUAUAAAUAGUGAAGAAUUAAAUUCUAUUUUAAGAGAAUAGUAACUGUUGGCUCAUCAAAAUGGGAGGGAACCUGUGAUUUGUAACUUUGUCAGUUUCUGUGAUAAGAGUACUUGAGCUAUGACCAGAUUCAAGCUUCUGACCUGACAUCACUCAACAGUUGGGAGAAGACAGGCCAACUCCAGCAUAUGCUGGCUGUAGCCAAACCUACACUGUCUUGAUAGUAUCAAGUAUCAUUUUGUCACAAAGCAUUUUGCUAGCACAGUUGUAAAUCCAUUACCUAAUCAUUUGAGUUUAUUUUCUAAUAUGA